GAAUGAGAGAUUUAAACAAAUUGACAUUAACACUUGAAUUAUGGAGAAGAGAAUGCUUGAUACUUGUCAACAUAAAUUAUGACUCAAAUGUUAUUGCUGAGAGGCCUUUGCUUACACAAGUUUAUAACAUUAUUCAACAAGCAGGACCCUCUGGAUUUACCUUAUCACAAUGUCGGAAAGCUUGCAAACUACCUUUUCCUGAAGUAAGAGUUCUUGUUAAGACCUUGAAAAAGAAGCAUUUAAUUCAGGAGGUUCAUCAAGAUGUAGCAAAACAAAGAGUUGCGUGGUUUGUGGCCACUCCAUUUGUAGAAAGUAAUGUACAGGCAGUGAAAGUGAAACAAAUGCAGGAUGAACUGAAAGAAAUGGAGACUAAAGCUGUAGAUUUAAACACCUCAAAAGGUAUGGAUGUAAAAGACAAGAAGCCACAGCAAAACACAUCAGGGAUAGUUGAAAGGGUCACAUACAGAAAGCUUAAGAGGAAAGCAAUUAUAUUGGAAUACCUACAAAAGGUGAAAGUGGUUGAAGGAACUAAUCCUAUUCAAAAGGUUGUGAUAUCAAGUGAGGAAGAAGAAGGACAUCAGGGACGAAUUGAUCGAAAGGUGCUAUUCAGGAUCGUUGAUGAUCUUUGUUCUCAAGGAUUAAUCAAGAAACUGAAGACAGUGAUUCACCAUGGAGCUGCUUCACAAACGGUGGAUCUCUUCCUCCAUUCAUCCAUAAGUAUUGAUGAUCCAGAAGUGGCUGUUAUGCUGGAACAGUGUCGUGUUCGCCUGAGAGAUCAAAUUAAUAAAGUUGCAGAGAAAGAAGAAAGAGAAAAGCGAAUUGAAGAAGAGAAGGAGCGAAAGAAAGUUGAAAAGACAGCUGCAGCAGAAGAAAAACAAAGAAAGAAACUUGAAAAGAAGGGAAAAGAUUCCCCAAAAAGAUCACAGCAACAGCAAGAAAAAGCCCACUAUGAGAGGCCAUCUUCUCGUAAGUAUGGCUAUUUGCCCAGAUUUCCCAGAAUACAGCUACUUCAUGAACUGCUGUGGCAGCUUGUGUAUGGUCAAUUUGCUCGCGAGGCAUCAGAUGUAACUGGUGUGGAUGAAAGCAAAGCCACUGCUGGACAAGAAUUGCCACUUGACUAUGAUAAUCAAGUGAACAGAAACUUGGAUGAUGAUCAUGAGUGGCUCAAGCACUUGAAGCCAAUGCCAAAACUUUAUGACGAGGCAAGACAGCCACUACAUGGCUGGUUCCGUAUGGCUGAUGUGUUAUUGGUGAUGCCUUUAGAGAUAUUUUGCAGGAUUGUAGAUAUUACAGAGGAGAUUGAUGGUUUAGAUGAAUAUGCACUUGAUCCUGUGAAAAAGUACACUCCUUUUUGUGAUCUUCCACAGUCCUUGAGAAGCCAGCUCAAAGAAAUUAGGAGAUACAAGCCAGCACCUCUGGAGCUUCUCUGCUUCCUGUGUCAGAUGGGUUUGGUUACUCCUCUUUUUCCAUUUCCAAGGGCAUUUACCAAUAUCAAGAUGUUUUUAAGCAAGGGUUCAAAAUUGCUGGACACAACAAAAUCUAUCCCCAACUACAAAACUGCCCGUCCACCACCAGGGAAAUCGUUUGUAUCUCGCUGUCACAUGUUCACAAGUAUGAUAGCUGUGCAGAGUUUCUGGAGUGACUUGAAAUGUGUUUGUCUUAAUACGCCAUUGGGGUUAGUGAAAGUUGACGAUGGAUCAACAACCAGCAGUGACAAAGUAACUUUUUCCAACAAACAUAAGAGGCUUAUUCACUAUGCCACAGAAGAAGUGGAUGAAAAUAAGGUUGAGUUUCCACCUGGAGACCAGCUAGGUGCUGCAGGAUUGGACAGAGGUUUUUUCAGUCAUUUGAAGAAGAACUGGACAAGAGUGAUGACAUCCUCAUCCACUGCGCAACUUAAACGAAAGUUGCCCACAUCCACAACCAUUAUGGCAGCUGAAGGAAAUGCCAAGAAUUCAGAUAGUAUUGUUACACAAGAAGGCACUCCUACAACCUUCUGGAGCAUAGGCAGAGCAGAAAUGAAACAGCAGGCCAAAAAAGAAAGCAUCAAGCAGCAGAAAAAGAAGCGUAAAAGAAAAGCAGAAGAUUUGCAGGAAAAUGAUGCAGAACCUGGUGGUGUUAAGAGAACCAGAACUGUGGAAUCAACUGAGAAACAACAACAAGGAAGUGUUCAGGAGAGGUCAAAGAAGGGACAGCAUUCUUCUAAAACUGGGCAUCUGAAUGCUAUUGAUGAGGAAGACAGGAAUAUCUUAGCCAGAAAAGCAGUUGAAAGAAUCACAUUUUCUGCUGAGGAGGACAGCUGGUUGCUUCUGUUCCGUGUUGCACUUGGGGUUAUGAAGAAUGAAACAUCUCGUUUUUAUCCAUUUGUCUGUAUGAGGAAUAUCUUGCACAAAGCAUGUGCGUCCAGUAUUGACAAAACAGCUCCUAACCUUCAGCGCAGGAUUUUAAAAUUAAUGAAGAAUCCUCAAUCACAAAUGACUGUGAAGAUAUGUACCACUGAAUGCAUUCAUGACGAGAAAUGAUCUACAUUGAACAGAUUUUCACACGAACGUGUUUAUAUAUACUGGUAGAAGCUAAUUGAAGGGGUGAGUGCAAAACCAUGCUAAGUGACGAUUUGGGUGAAAAAAAAAAUUUUCGC